CCAGCGUCGAAAGGGCGAGAUCGCGGAGGGCUGCGAAGAGAGCCGGCGGCCGAUCCACUGAUUUCCUUUGCAAAGACGCUGCACAACUCCCUCCACAAUGCUGAUGGAGGCUCCGAUGUGCCUGGUUGAGAACAGAAGAAAUCGCCUCCAUGUUUCUCCGGAGGCCCUUCGGUUGCUCUCAGAAAUCCAGCAGCCGGUGGUGGUUGUGUCCAUCGUGGGACUGUAUCGCACGGGCAAGUCCUACCUGAUGAACAGGUUGGCUGGCAAAAAUUCAGGUUUCUCUUUGGGCUCCACAGUGCAAGCAAAAACGAAAGGAAUCUGGAUGUGGUGCGUUCCCCAUCCGGACAGGCCUAACCAAACCCUUGUCCUGCUGGAUACUGAGGGAUUAGGUGACGUGGAAAAGGGCAGUUCUCAAAAUGAUACUUGGAUCUUCGCUUUGGCCGUGUUGCUGAGCAGCACCCUCGUCUACAACAGUAUUGGGACCAUUGAUCAGACUGUUCUGGAAAAGCUUCAUUUUGUGAUGGAGCUGUCUGCACAUAUCAAGGGAAAGGCUUCCUCCAGACCUGAAGAUACAGAUGAUUCUUCUGAAUUUGUUCGCUUCUUCCCAAACUUUGUAUGGUCUGUGCGAGAUUUCUCACUGGAUCUGGAACAUGAUGACCAACCCAUCACAGAGGAUGAGUAUCUCGAACAUGCUCUGGAAUUAAAAACAGAGGACAAUGAGAAGGAGCAGAUGUUCAAUAAGCCAAGGAAAUGCAUCCGACAGUUCUUCCCCACCCGGAAGUGCUUCGUGUUUGAUUGCCCUACUAAAAGUAGGAAGUUACGCUAUCUGGAAACGAUGAUGGAUAAUCAGCUGGAGCCUGAAUUUGUGGAACAAGCAAAUACGUUCUGCAAUUACAUCUAUUGGACAUCUCGAGAAAAGACUCUUCCAGGCGGACACAUUGUCACAGGCAAUUUGUUGGCAAAUUUGGUGAAGAUCUACGUGGAUACUAUCUGUAGUGGGAAACUUCCCUGCCCGGAGAAUGCAGUCUCAGCCUUGUCUGAGACUGAGAACCGUUUAGCUGUGGAGGAAGCUGUUGCUCACUAUGUGAAACUGAUGAAGCAAAAGGUGGAGCUACCCACUGAGACUCUCCAGGAACUUCUGGACAUACACAAAAAAUGUGAGGAACAAGCCCUCCAGAAGUUCAUGGCUCGUGCUUUCAAGGAUGAUACAUGUCAGUUCCAGCAUAAACUCAUGAAAAUUGUGAACAAGAAGAAGGAAAAGUACUGCAGGAAAAAUGAGCAGGAAUCUUCUAAAAUCUGUUCAGCUUUAUUGAACUCACUCUCUGAGAACCUGGAGCAGAACAUCAAGAACGGAAGCUACUGCCGAUCUGGUGGCCACCAGGAAUUUGUAAAUGACCUCCAGAAAGUGGAGAAACAAUACUUGGAGGAACCUAAGAAAGGAAUAAUGGCAGGGAAGACCCUGAAAAAAUUCCUCUGUAGCAAGGAAAAGAUCAGCAAAUUCAUCCUUCGAAAUGAUGAAAGCCUUCAACAGAAGGAGGCGGAAAUAGAAGAUGCAAGGAUGAAAGCAAAAGCAAAAGAAUUAGAGGGUGAGAUUCAGAAGCAGAAUCAGGAAAUGUUGAAACAGAAGCUUGAAAGCGAGAAAGAGAGUUAUGAGAUGAACCUUCAGAAGCUAAGGGAGAAAUUGGAGGAAGAAAGGAAGCAGAUCCUGGAAGAGCAAGAUAAAAUGAUCCAAAGCAAACUGAAGGAACAAAAGGAUUUAUUGGAAAAGGGUUUCAAGGACGAAGCAAACCAGAUGAAUAAGAAGAUCAAGGAACUCAUAAGUGAAAAGGAAAAGGUGGAAGAUGAAAAUUGGCUAAUCUCUGGUUUAGGAACCCUGAAAGAAUUUGUCACUGAAAAAAUUAUUGAACCAAUUGUAGAGUGGUUUGAAGAUCUAAUGGACAGUGACUGAUCAAGUGCCUUUUCAUCCUAGAAAUCACCUGGUGUAUUCUUACUAAAGCUAUUUUGGAUAAGUUUUGUCAAUUUAAAUUUAUGGUGUGCAAAAUCAUGCUCAGAUUUUUGGGACAUUUCUUUACGAAAUUUGAGAUUUAGCAUUUUAAGGCUUUGUGUCUCAAGGUUCAGGCUUUAUGUUAAGCUCCUGUUUGUUUGUUUGUUUUAAUCGAGUGACCAUUUCAUAGCGACGUAGGCUCCUCCUCUAAGUAAAUAUUCUCUUCAUUUCCCACUUCCUCUGUAUUUUUUUUCUUUCCUGGCCAUUAGAUGAAAUCAAAGUGAUUGAAAGUAGAGAAUCACUUGCAAAAAUUUUAAACUGCUUAAAAAAAAAAGUAAACACAACUCAGAGGCCCUGAGUUCUAAUCUCACUUUAGGCAUGAAGCC